GCGUCCAAUCGGAGCGCGGCGGUGCGGCAGGCGGCAGUGGCGGGGUCUAUGGCGUCGGUGCGGGGCACGAGCGGCGGCGGGCGCGGAGCCCUGGCGGCGGCGGCGGCCUUGGCCGGGGAAGGGGAGCCCGGCGGAGGCCUCGGCGGCCUGCCUUCUUCGUCCUCCUCCUCCUCGCAGUACGGAAACGGCCUCGGGGGCGGAGGAGGCGGAGGAGGAGGCCCCGGCGGGGAGGUAGGCAGGGGCCGCCGCGAGGUGGACGACGAGGAGGACGACGAGGACGAGGAGCUGCUGCUCGAGGCCGGAGGAGGAGGAGGCGCCGGGGGAGCGGCGGGCGGAGGAGGAGCGGUAGGAGGAGGCGGCGGCGGCAGGGGGACCGGGCCCCGCGGAGCUCUCUCCGCCUCCGCCUCGCUGCCUUCCCGAGCCGGGCAGGCCGGGGCCCACCUCCCACACGCCGCCGAGGAGCUGGAGGAGGAGGCCGGCCUCGGGGAGAGCGACGCCGGGGACUCCGCCAUCGAAGACCCGGAGUUGGAAGCAAUUAAAGCUCGAGUACGUGAGAUGGAGGAGGAAGCCGAGAAGUUGAAAGAGUUGCAGAAUGAGGUCGAGAAACAAAUGAAUAUGAGCCCCCCACCUGGGAAUGCGGGCCCAGUCAUCAUGUCUUUAGAAGAAAAGAUGGAAGCGGAUGCCCGGUCUAUAUAUGUAGGCAAUGUUGAUUAUGGGGCAACAGCAGAAGAGCUGGAGGCCCACUUCCAUGGGUGUGGCUCUGUCAACCGUGUGACCAUCCUCUGUGACAAGUAUACUGGGCAUCCCAAGGGGUUUGCCUAUAUUGAGUUUUCUGACAAGGAGUCGGUGCGGACAUCCUUAGCGUUAGAUGAGUCCCUCUUCAGGGGAAGACAGAUCAAGGUGAUUCCCAAACGGACCAACCGCCCUGGAAUCAGCACUACAGACCGGGGGUUCCCCCGGACCCGGUACCGAGGGAGGGGAUCCGGAUACAGCAGCUCCCGGGCCCGUUUCUACAGCGGCUUCAGCAGCAGGCCGCCCAGAGGGCGAGCUUACAGGGGCCGGGCCAGAACGACCUCAUGGUAUUCCCCUUACUAAAAAAAAAAACAAAAAAAUGGUGGUUUUAGGAAAGAGGAAAAAAAAAAAGAAAAAAAAUGAAGAUUGUUACCAUGAUGGAAAAAAAAAGAAUACUGUUGGUGGGAGGAGAAUGUAUCUAAUGUUGUGCAGAGAAAGAGGGCUGGCGUAUUUGGAGGGUUGUGGGAGGCAGACACAAAACUCGGAGGGCCAUUCUGUUGUUGAGUCUCCACCUGCAAAUAUUGCUGAUUGAUGCCCUGCUGCCCACUCUGCCCACCAUCCCUUUCCCUCUGUGGAGAUUGUUUGGGCCAAAUGAGCCAUUCUUCCUCUUACCUUUUUUAUUGUGGCCCUGUGCGUUUGGGGAGGGAGGGGGGCAGUGGGUGGGAGGGUUGCCAACCCCCCUCCCUCUCUUUUCUUGUUUCAUUUUUUUCCUGUGCGUUUGUGGUUCUUUUGGCUUUUUUGUCUGCACCCGUGGCCAUUUUUAUAUGUAUGUGUGUAUCUGUCUGUAUGUAUGUCUGUGUGCUUGGUUUCUUCCGUCUCCCGUUGGCUUCCCUUCCCAGGGCUAAAGAGGGGAGGGAGAUUGUAUUCUUGGCCACCGCAGCACUGCUGCCGCCCAAGUCAAGACAUUAACGCCAUCUGCUUUUUCUUGUCUUUUUUCAUUUUGGCAGACUCCAGUCUUUCGGCCUCCUGUUCUGGGUGCAUAUUAAGACAGGAGAUCCUCCCUGGGUUUUUCUCCUUGCCUUCCACCCCAAUGCCCCCUGCUCAGUCUGACUUCUUCAGCCUGAACCUUAAUUCUAGGAACAGGUUGGGAUGUUUUCCCUUCACUCCUCUUCAGGGUUAUACACCGACAAUUCCUUUGGCUCCCCCCUGCUGUCUCUAACCCUUGCCAACCCCUCGCCCUCCCUUCCCAGUCCCCAAGGGGUAUGUUAUAAGCCUUGUUUGAGUGUCUUUAUCUUUACAGGUUCCUUUAUUUUUUAGCCCGAAGAAAUAUCACCGAAACCCGAAGCUGUAGCAGCCUGGGGAAAGGGAGAGGACUCCCUUGGGGAUGGGUGGGCUCUGGUUGGGGGGUGCAGGGAGAAAUUGAAGAUGCUUUUUCCAUGUGGGAGAAUGCCUUUUAAAAAAAAAGAAGGGGAAAAAAGCAGGGGGAGGAAAGGUUUAGGUCGGGCCCAGGGAUGGGGAGGGUAGAGAAAAAAAAUAGAAUAAAAUGUUAUGAGGGUGGAAAAAAAAUAAAGAUGUUUUUUGGAAAAA